AUGGACGAUGCUUUGCGUCGCAGCAUCUUUGGUUCAUCUGAUGAAUCAGAUGAACCAUCGCCGAAGCGAAGGCGCUCGAGGUCGCGAGACUCGGGCGCUAAUAGUGGUGUCGGUUCUCCUAUGGACACCACUUCACAGCGAGGCGCCAGUACUUCUGUCGGCACGUCGCAGGAAGAGCGGGACCGCAAUGUGUUGCGUCUCGCUCCUGAGAAGAAGGCAUGGAUGCCUCCAAAAUCCGUCAUGGAUCACUUGUCGGCGACGACGAGUAAUCGUUAUCGAACACGGUUGUUCGAUUCGUCAAGGAUCCAUCACCUUGACCCCAGCGCGAAAAACUAUCGCGCUGAAAACGAAUUCUUCAUCGAUGCUUUCUUUAGACAUCGAUGGUACAGUGGGAAUCACAAGCGUGAUGGUCCCUCACUACUUCAAGCGUGGAACGCCUACAUCCAUAACCUUGAGGAUGUAGGUCGUGACGCUUGGAGCGACAAGCUUAUCAAAGCUCGUGAUAAGUUUGAAAAGCGAACCCCGACAGGUGCACGCUACAAGCUGCAUCGUCUGUCAAGGGAGAAGGGAUUACCCUGCCUCUCUUAG